GGCGCGGACGCGCCGGAGCAAGGUUCGUCACAAUUUACGCGAAUCGCAUAUUCGCAUGUGGAAUUCUGCCCAUUCCACCGCGGCCAGUCACGUCCGAUGUGUUCGCGAGGUUGGGGUAGCGUGCUGCAGUCUCCAGCGUGGAACGCGUGUUCUAAUGAUAAUUGAACGGGACCGAAACCAAGAUUGAGCGGGAGUGCAUUGAGUGCGGAUGUCGUGAGGGACCGCUUUGAGAAUGACGAUAUCUCAGAGUAUCUCCGACGAGGAAAACACGGCCGCCGCAAACAGCAAUGUUGCGGCCGACCGUGUCACCGAGGGUCACAGGCUUCGCGCCGGGACCGACAGCUUCCCAAGUAUUAACGAGAGACCGGUGGACGACAUCUCUCUCGAGUUCUUCUACAAACCUCACACGAUCACCCUGUUGCUCAUCUCCAUCGGCACCGUCAUAUACUCUGCCUUCACUAGAAAUACCACUAAUGUGGAGGAUAACAUGUGGGCAGGAAUGUUGUGCGUUAUCUUCUUCUUUCUCAUCGUAUCCGUCUUGACGUUUCCCAAUGGCCCAUUCACGAGACCUCAUCCAGUAGUGUGGAGAAUAGUAUUUGGCUGCAGCGUGCUCUACUUGAUGGGCUUGCUGUUCAUGUUGUUCCAAAAUUAUGAUACAGUGAAGAGAAUCUUGGUGUGGGUGGAUCCUAGUCUGGCGUCCUUCCAUAUCGACAUGGACAAAGAGUACGGUGUCAACUGCUCCGAUGUCACGGUGGAAAAGAUCUGGAAUCACCUGGAUGUGUUUGCACUGGCCCAUUUCCUUGGUUGGGCUUUCAAGGCCGUCUUGAUCCGGCACCUCGGCCUUCUCUGGGCUAUCAGUAUCAUGUGGGAAGUGACAGAAAUUGCUUUCGCUCACUUGCUGCCAAAUUUUGUUGAAUGCUGGUGGGACGCGUUGAUUCUGGAUGUUCUGGUGUGCAAUGGAUUAGGUAUCUGGGUUGGUCUAAAGAUCUGUUCCAUAUUGGAGAUGCGGGAGUACAAAUGGGUCAGCAUCCGUGACAUCGAGAGCACGACUGGGAAAUUGAAGAGGGCAAUGUUGCAAUUUACUCCUGGAAGCUGGACGUCGGUUCGAUGGUUAGAUCCGACCUUAACACAUAUGCGACUGGUCGCGCUGUGUCAGUUGGUGAUAUUCUGGCAAGUCUCCGAGUUGAACACUUUCUUCUUGAAGCACGUUUACGAGUUUCCACCGUCUCAUCCGUUCGUCGUGGCUAGAUUAGUGCUCAUUGGGGUCAUUGUCGCGCCAUCAGUUAGACAGUAUUACAUGUAUGUAACUGAUCCGACGUGCAGCCGAGUGGGCACUCAGUGUUGGGUUUACGGGGCGAUUAUGGUGACUGAGGCUCUGCUGUGUAUACGUCAUGGCGCGACUCUGUUUGAGCGCACUCAAGCUCUCAACAUUCUUCUAUGGCUCCUUUGCCAAUCUCUAAUCUCCGUUCUCUGCGUGUACGGUUGUCUUCUGUGGCAACGGUAUUUGGAGAGGGGAAAGAAAGCCACUAUAAAGCGGUCUGCUUCCCAUCUAGGCAACUUUGAUACGGACGUAACAUUCUGUAGCGGGGAUAUGGCUCGCCGUACGAAAUCCGUGGAAGCAUUGGACAAGAAGGAUCUGUGAGAGGAAGAAUGCUGUGAAGGAAGAUGGCUUGAUAGCGAACUGUGGACAUUAAUCAUACUUUCUAGUCGAAUCGCGCGAAAUGUUGACGGAAUGGAUGAUGCGUGCGUGAUUUAAGUAUUCAUGACGUGGCACGGUAUGAAUGCCUUCUGUGUUACUAUUUUUGUUCCUCAGACUGAAGGAUGUUGUUACUGUUUUUAAGUAGUCAAGUUCGAUUCUGAAUCUGAUGUACAGAGAAGAGAAAGAAAUACUGUACGAUUCAUUAAUUCAGAUUCAUCCGCGUGUGUUGCUCGCUUUCUUUCAUAUAACGUGUAACAGUUAUAGUUUUCUUAUCUCGUGUACGAUGCGGUAUGGGACAACGUGUUCGAGAGGCACUGCUUUUAAAUCUUAAGAUUUAACAUUUCGCAUAUUUAUUGCACACGAAUAAGAUUUGCUGUAGAGAGAUAUAGAAGCGAAAUACGCGUGGUCAUUGCUUUCCGUUGAGAUUGAAUUAGAAACGCAGCCGCGCGACUGAAAGCCGCCCGGCGAAACUAAUUCAAUCUCGGAACAAUGAAAAAAAAAGAAACAAACGGAAAAUCUGUCCGAUUCGUUUCGAUUGGAUUGUAUAAGUCGAAUCGACUGCGUAUUGGAGAAAUUUAUUCGUAAAGUGAAUGAACGUGAAUUUCGCUUCCAUACUCGCCGAUCGACUAGAUUCUCGUUCAGAUCGCAAUGUUCGCAGGCAGUUCUGUUCGAUCCGUAUUUUCCGCGAACGAGCCUCAUUGCGCAAUCGUGAAGAUGGUCUCCUUGAAGUCCAAAUACGGGAAUACGCUGCAAACGUCGCUGGGCGCGACCUGCGAACCCGACGCGCAAUUCCACAUUUCGGCGAGGGGUUUGUUGCUCGAUGCGGAGACGAAUAUGCGAAUCCGGCUCGGUAAGUUCUCGCCCUCGUAUAGAGAGACGUACGACAAUGUGAGUGGCUUUUUCGUACAAUACAUCUGCAAGUUUGAGAGUUUGAUAAGCGUCGUUCUUAUCACUUAAGAUAACUCAGCAAUGGUCAAGAAUCUCAAGGAAAUACUGAAUACUGAAUAAAAAUCUUUUGGACCUUGGAACCGAUUACAUUUGCAAUACUCAAGAUAGCUAUAAAUAUAUUCAAUGUCUAUCGUUUCAAUUAAAUCCUUGAAUCUGUGAUUUUUUUUAAAUUCUUGAUCUGAGAAUUAAAAAAAAAUAAAUCUGAGAUUUACUCAAGAAUUCGAAAGUCAAAAAUCGAAAGAUUCAAGGAUUUAAGAAUUCCAAAGAAAAUUCUAGUGAGAAGACUAAAACCUCGAACAUUUAAAGAUUUUAUAAAAUAAAAAUUAUAAAAGCAGGAUUCAAAAGUUCAUGAACUAAAAAAAAGUUCAAAGGUCCAAAGAUCCUCUAAAAUAUUGAGUCAGUCAAAAGUUUCGUUCGAUUUUUGUGUUAAAUGUUACUUUAUCGCAUUCAGCA